UAGAAGCUAGUAACUAAGUGCAACGUGUUUACAAUACCAGUGGUUGCUGCGUUGCCAACCAUUCAGCUUGCUUCUAAUCUUUUUUGUGAGUUUUACUAAUUUUCUUUUGGUAAGACUCCUGGCAAAUCUCGGCUGAUUUCUCUCGCAGUUAUUUUUAACUUCCAAACAGAACAUAUAAUUUGGCUUUUCCUCUUUUUUGAGGGGGAAUGGGCAGUUAGUUAAAAAUGCAUUUUUUUCAUUUUAUGACUAAGCUUAUUUCCACUUUGAAAUAGAGGAGCUGUCUUGGUGGUUUUUUGUUUGUUAAUUUUAAUGUCUGUCGUCUUAGCUUCUAAAAGAAGCAGCUUCUCUUCUUAGAGACUAUACCCAAAUUGCUUGGAUUAACAAUACUAACACAUGUAGAUUAAUGGAGGUCUCAGGUAAAACCUUAUUUUCAGCUUUUUGUGAAGCUUCAGGAUGGCAGAAGGCCAGUAUAUAAUCAAUCACAGUACAUAUACAUAAUAGUGUUUUUAUAAAGUUUGAGGACUGUAUUUCAAACUAAAUUUGCAAUCUGUAUGUAUACUGGGAAAAUCAGGAUGCUAUUUCCAAGCAGUUAAGCUCACUCCACAGCAGGAUUUCAGCUGUUUGGCUCCAAGGUUCUUCCAAAGUCUUGUUAGCGUGGAAACCCUGAGUCUCUGGGAGGAAGGUGGUGUCCCAUGCCCUGACGCAGACAUUCCUGUCCUGGAGGAUGAUCCUCUGACUCCUGCAGAGGAAAAGAAGAGUUCUGUUGUGAAACACAACAGGAAGGUGUCCAGCGCUGCUGUGUGCCAGAAGGACACCUGCAGAGCUGCCGCAGGGGUGGAAGUGAGCCACAGGCUGUAUGGAUAGUGCUGGGAAAACUGCACGGCUGUACAGAUCUGACGCCAAACUAGGGUGCUAUUUUUGGGUCCCGUUCUGCUUUUCUGACACCUGUAGGUAAGCGCGAAGCGCACACAGACUUCUGCAGCGCCUCGCAGAGCGGAGGAGCCGUCGCAGGGUACGGCACCGCAGCGAAGCGUUCUUGCUUAGCAGUCAGGAUUAAUUAUAACCCCGGGAAUAUGAACUGUAAAUGCGCUGGAGCUGCCGAGGCAGGAGGAGCUGGCUGGGUGCCAGCGCUGGAAUGAGGAGGUGCCAUCGCGCCGGGAGCAGCAGGUGUACCUAUUGGAUGCUUUCUGUGAUCUUUACUAGUGAAUCUGCACAAGCAAUUCUUUCCUGAACUCACUUUAGAAACUGCACCUUGGCCCUCGUACUCCUUUAACUCCCAGAGAAAUAAUUACAUUUAUCAAGACCUUAUUGCCUACUGAAAAAUAUAAUGACUGAAUUCCUGGUGUGUUUUAAUUGGUGCAAUGGUGAACAGCCCCAGCCGAAGAGGCGUCGGAGACUGGACCGGAACAUGAUAGGAGAACCGAUGAACUUUGUACACACUGCGCAUGUUGGGCCAAGAGAGAUGAGUAGUGACUAUUCAUCAGCUAUAUCAAUUCAGGACCACAUGAAGUCUAAAGGCGGCUACACAAAUGGCACUCCUGCAACUGUUGAGAUAUAGGACACUGAGAGAAGGCUGAAAUCCACUCUGUUUUACGAGGACCUUGUGGACUGUACUUUCAUAUUCUCAAAAACCUCUUUAUCAUGGAGUAGAGCAAGUACCUGAAUUAUAAAUAGGUCAGUGCAAGCUUUGGUGUUCUUAGCACAAUAGCUUCUGAAAAAGUUAUUGUAAAUUAUCCUUAAAAUGGUCUGUCAUGGUACUGUUGUAGUAGGAACUGUAAUUUGUCGCUGUGGAUGACUUCAUAGCUGUGUCCCAAAAACCUCAUAAAGUUGUCUUGUAGGAUGGGAUUGGAAGUCAAUAAUGAACUGUCUGGGGUUUUGGUCUCUGUCUUUUUCUCCCCUCAAGAAAUGAGGAUGAUUUAAUUAGAAAAUAUCCUGUUUGCGCUUCUUACAUGGGCAAAGCUGAAUUAUUAAGUAGGAUCUUACAGCCUGUAAUAUGACUUUGGACUUGUUUUUUUAGAUGGCUCACAACCUAAUGCAGAAAUCUACUGAGCUGUACUUUGAUGGGUUUUUUUAAUGCCUUUUCAUGGUGAACGAACUCUAACAUAAUAUAUUUAGCUGAGUCUGCAAAACCCAGUGAAAUUUCUGCCAUGCUGUGAUAACACUUUUCUAGCUAAAAAUUGAGGUUUUGCAAACAUACCCGCUCACAAAUGAGGCUUGGAAAAACAGACGUUUCUCUCAGUUACUUGGUUGCCUCCCUUCCAUAUAUGCAUUAGUGUCACUGACAGGUAUUACUACAGCAGAGCUAAUAAUAUGUCCCAGUUAACUUCAAGUGGUGCUACAAUAUGCUCACACCUGUGUAUUAAUUUUGCAUGACUAUUGUUGAAUUUUAAACUAAGCAUAUUUAAGAUCACUCUCUUACCUAUCUGUCACAGUAACUACACAGGACUUCAAGGGAUAUCUCACUUGCCUUCCUGGCUUCUUAAUUUUGAGACUGGUUUGUUGGGUUUUUUGGUGGGUGGUUGUUUUGGUUUUUUUCAGAUGUUUCUUCUGAAACAUUUUUCAGAUUUUUUUUUCUUGUAUAUGGUUUAAAUAAAAAGUAUGGUUUGAGUGAUACAGCCAUGUGAAGGACAGAAACUUAAAGAAUAUUGUGAAAACUUCCAGGAAAAUGUUAAAUGGAAACAGUGCCUUGCAGAGUUCCAGCACUUCAUAAAUAUUUAAACUAGUAGCCAUAAAUGUUUAGCCAUACCCAAACUACAGUUUUUCACUUAGUUCUUAUUCAUCUUUCUGUUAAGUGAUAUGACAAAACUGCUGAAGUAGAGCUAGGUUUUUCUUUUAGCCAAUUACUGACAACUGUUCCCCAGCUCAAUAUUCUGAAUAACUACCAGUGCAGAAACUUAGGAUAUCUGAUUGGUGUCAUGGGAUUAACUAAAUACAAGCGUUUACAUCGCAGCCAUAUCAGCACUAGUUAUGCUGGAAUUCAGUGGGACUCUGUCCUUCUUGGUCUACGCAUAAGAUCAGUUAUGAACUUUUUUCCAUCUAAAAAAAACAUCUAGGUGGCAAGUCUUUUAACCUGUAUGGUUCUGUUUGUGGCUUGUGAUACUUCUCAAAUCUAGACUGCUGGCUUUGCUGAAUUGUUAGGCUGCCUUUUCUGAGUAUACUAGGGAACUUAAAACAUGAAAGGUAGCUCUGUGUUUCUCUAUGCAUUCAAAAUAAAACCCCUCCUCACUGUAUUUCAUCUUUAAGGGCCAAAGAGGAAGAGAGAAUGUUGCUUUCUGUAACAGUCAACAGCUCAUCAUAACAUUCUGCAACCACAUAAGGGAAGCCUAACAUCCGUGUCUUGCUAGAUCCUUACUCUUGAAUUAGAAUGCAUGCCAAAUUAUAAUAUAUUUUAAAAUUAGCAUGAGUUAGCUGUACAGUUAGCCUUUUUAAGUCUUUCAUAUUUGUCUUCUAGCUUCAGAUUUAUUCCAACAGUCUAGUUAAGUACAGAGUUCAAAGAGCUAAAUCCUGUAUACUCUUGAGGAAGCAUAAAGUGGCCAAGUUGUUUUACAGAAUGGAUUCUAAUUAAAUUGAGUUCAUACAUUCAUUGGUCCAUACCUGCCCAGAAGAAAUAGUGAUAGGCAGCUGUCAUGAAGAAAAUGGGUUGUAUUUUGUUAACACUAAGAAAAGAAAUUGAACAUGAGUUAGUAUUUCUUGAAGUAUAUCCAUGCAGUAUGCUUAGAUUAGUGGUAUAUGUAUAACUAGAAAUAAAGAGGUUGAUGAUCAUGUCAGUUCUUCUCUCUAAAAAUAAACCAACAGAGAAUUUUAUUAUUAAACUCUUAUUUGUUUAAAAAAAAAAUAUCCUAGUUUUCAUUACAUAAACCAAAUAGCACUAUCUGGUGUAAAACUAACCUAUUUUCAUCAGACUAUACAGUAUUCUAUAGGGCCACAUUAAAGUGUCACAUCAUUAAACAGAAAUGUUUUGCUAUUGCAUUAAGGGUACCAUUACUUUUAAAAUCUAAACAAACAUAAAAGCAUGCUUAGGUAUUUUUUUGUUGUCUACUUAGAAACCUCAUCAAGCUGUAAUCUGUCAUGUAACUGGGUAUAAACCUGUCUUGGUUAUAAUAAAUCUCUUUAACUAGGCACUUGCACUCUUCUCAUAUUGUUGAAAAUCUUGAUGUCUUCUCUGCAGUGAAAACCUGUUGGUCAAGUGGAUGGGUCAGCGUGGCUUGAACUUUUAUUGCACAAAAUCAAAUUUCUCCACUAGAGAGCACAAUUUUCCAUCCAAUCUUUGCUGUUCGUGCUAUGCAAGCUAUUACUCCAUUGUGGGAUUGGUUUGUUUAUUUGGGUGUUUUUGAGCUUGACUGGAAUAAAAUACAGCAAAUAAGACCAAAGGAUCCAACUUUUUAAUCUACGUCGUAAGCUGUGAAGAUCUUAUAUUGAUGCAAUGUGGUAAUGAAACAUUACUGCUCUGA